GACCCUUUGUCAUUAAGAUAACUUUAUAUAUAUUUUGCCUAUUUUUUAAUAAUAUUGUUCAUCGAAUCUGUUAACAAGCCUGACCCUUUGUCAUUAAAAUAAUGGUUAAAUUAUUCAAUGAUGAAACCAAAUUAUUAAAGUGAGAGUGAUUGAGGAGAAAGGAGUUGAAGGAAACAAAAAAAAAAAAAAAAGAAGAGAAAAAUGGUGAUUGAAGGAGCAAGUGUAACGGCAAUAAUGGUUGUAGCUCAGUUCUUGGAAGUAGGUGGUGACACUCUAAUGAAAUCAGCAACAAAAGAUGGAAUGAGUAUUUAUAUUUUCAUCUUUUACUCAAAUCUUUUAGCUCUCUGUUUCCUUUUGCCAACCACCUUCUUCCACCAUAGGAAAAGACCUCCUCCUCCAAUUCCAACAUCAAUUUUCUUCAGAAUUUUUCUUCUUAGUUUCCUCAAUUGUGCAGUGCAGAUUUUAAUGAAUACUGGAAUUGGAUAUAGCUCUCCCACUUUGUCAUCUGCUAUGGUUGAUCUUGUUCCUGCUUUUACCUUCAUACUUGCCUUAAUUUCAAGGAUGGAAAUUCUAAAUAUGAAAAAGCGUAGCAGCCAGGCAAAAGUUAUUGGUACAUUGGUCUCCAUUGGAGGGGCAUUAACUGUGACAUUAUAUAAAGGGAUACCUUUGAUUAGUGAUGCCUUUCGAAAUAUAGAAAUGGGAGCAAGUGGAAAUUUCCUAUCAGUGAAACAAAAUUGGAUACUUGGUGCUUUUCUUCUUGCAAAUGCUAGCUUUUUCCUUUCAGUUUUAUUUAUCACAGAGACAUGGAUUAUCAAUGAAUAUCCAGAAGAGCUAGUGGUAACAGCCAUUUGUUGCAGCAUGGUGGUAAUCCUAUCAGCCAUUGUAGCUUUUAUUAAAGAGGGAAAUUCAAAAGUAUGGAUACUAAGACAUAAUAAGGAGUUGGUAGCUGUGUGUUUUUCAGGAUUUUUUGUGGUAUCCAUGAAGAGUGUUGUAUACAAAUGGACAUUUCGUAAGAAAGGACCAAUAUAUGUAGCUAUGUUCAACCCUUUAAGAGUGGUCAUUGCACUUGGCUUGGGGGUAAUAUUUUUGGGAGACAAUCUUUAUCUUGGAAGCAUGAUUGGAGCUUUUAUAAUAGUGAUUGGAUUUUAUGCUGUGAUGUGGGCACAAGCUCAAGAGGAACAUAGAGCAAGAGAAAAUAAUUUAUUUCCAUCUACCACAGACUCUUUGUUAUCAAUAAAAAGCAUGGAUUUCUAGGAAGAUGAAUUCUUCGGUACAUACCGAAAUAUUUGUUGAGGUGAACAUUUCUCCGAUACACAUUGUGUGUUAGUAUUUUGUCAGAUACCAACGCAUGUUUGCCACUUAGACACGUCUAAUUCGAGAUGUAUACAUAGUUCAUAGCUAGUGUAACUCUGCUUUGAUUGCAGGGUCUUUUGAUACAAAAUCUUUAUGCAACCAAUAUCUUGGAAAUUUAUAAUUGUAAUUCAAAUUCCUUGGCUACUAUUGUUCA